ACACACACAUUCACAGAUGUCACUCCGCGCACGCUGACAGCCAGCCGUGCCGCUGCUGCCGUUACUGUCGCUACCACCACCGUUGCCGCGGACGCACGUACGUACGGACGGACGGAUAGAGAGAGAGAGGAAUAGAAAAAGGAGGGAUUUUAGAAAUAGAGGAGGGACACGAGAAGCACAGGGCACACAGGCUGCCUGGAACACCAGACACAUACAGACAGAGACGCACACAUUGCUGCUGUCUCCCUACAGCAUCUUCCGCUGUUUUUUUCUCUCUCUCUCUCUCUUCUCUCCCCUCUGCAUCCCUGAAUGCUCAGCAGCUCAGCACGCGCGUGAGCUGGUGUGCAUGGAUGAGAGGAGCAUAGAGAGAUACAACCGGAGCACGGAGAAGCGAAGCGAAGCAAGGAGCUGAAGAUGCCGGGUGAUUGCCCUUGUUGUCCUCUGUAAUUUAGUCCGUUUUAAUUUUUUUGUGUGUGUGCUCGUUGUUUUUGGUGAGAGAGAGGGAGCCCCUUUUUUUUGGUCAUCCUCCUCAAUAUCUGCUCAGCUCGUGUCGUAUCGUAUCGGUGCCGUGUCGGACUGGCUUCUGGUCGUCUUCGCCUUGUCAGCUGCCAACAGACAGGAGGAUAAAAUAUAAAGGGAUGCUUUGAAAACGAACGCUCGCCUUCAGUCACAAAGGAGCAAGCCACAGCCGGGAGGAGGAGGAGGAGGAGGAGGAGGAGAAGGAACGACAGAGACAGAGUGGGAGAGAGAGAGAGAGAGAGGAGGUGGAGGAGGAGAGUAGCAAGGUCCUGUGUUAUUCUCCGCAACAGAGGGAAUAGCAGCCACGGCCAACACCACCAGACAAUAAGACACGAAACCCCCAAAGAAGACAUGAAAAUAUGAUGACGUGAUCUGGCUUCUACUCAGUUGCGCCACAGUCCAAGGUUGCGUGACCCGUCGCCACGGGACCCGAGUGCCAGCCCAGCGGGAUCCAGACCAGAACCACCACACUACCAGGACAUUGGACCUGGGGGGAGAGAGACGAACAUAUUGCCUCCUGCCUCACUCAGCCUCCGUCCCAGCCCCAGCCUCAGCCUCAGCCUCCACCAUUGGUCUGAUCCUUCUUCACGAUUUUUGGACCACAGGACCACACCACUUGCUGCUGCAUAAGUCGGCAGGAUAAAUCUGAUUUCCUUCUCCGUGCUGACUCUGGGAAGGAGGGAGGGAGGACGACGGGAAGGAGGUGGAGAGGAGAGAAAAUAACUUUUGCCUGCCGAGUGUGAGACCAAGUGUUGAGAUGUGUAGGAGGCCCGUGACUCCCAGCCUGCUGCCUGUCAGGCCCCACCUACGCCUGAGCCCACAUGAAGUGUCUGAGGUCAUCAACCAUUUAUAACCAUAGGUAAUGACGAAGCCCAACUCUAACCCUGGAGAUGCCGAAGAGAAGAGACAUUCUUGCCAUCGUGUUGAUCGUGUUACCGUGGACCCUGCUCAUCACCGUCUGGCACCAAAACGCGAUAGCACCACUGCUGGCCAUUCGCAAGGCUUGUCACCACCUAGUCAGAGACUUCUUUAUCAUUCCCGAGCGGCUAGCCAUCCACCGCCACCGGCUCGCAGAUGACGGCGCUGAGGGACGUCGGGAGGCGGGGGGCGCGGGCGGGGCCGGCGACUCCAAGGAGUACUGCUCGCCGGGCGACAGCCGGGACAUCGUGGAGGUGGUGCGCACCGAGUACGUGUACACGCGGCCGCCGCCCUGGUCCGACGUGCUGCCCGCCAUCCACGUGAUCACGCCCACCUACAGCCGGCCCGUGCAGAAGGCGGAGCUGACGCGGCUGGCCAACACCUUCCUGCACGUGGCCAACCUGCACUGGAUCCUGGUGGAGGACGCGCAGCGCCGCACGCCGCUGGUGGCCCGGCUGCUGCGCGAGACGGGCCUCAACUACACGCACCUCAACGUGGAGACGCCGCGCAACUACAAGCUGCGGGGCGACGCCCGGGACCCGCGCAUCCCGCGCGGCACCAUGCAGCGGAACCUGGCGCUGCGCUGGCUCCGGGAGACCUUCAGCCCCAACAGCAGCCAGCCGGGCAUCGUCUACUUCGCCGACGACGACAACACCUACAGCCUGGAGCUGUUUGAGGAGAUGCGCUCCACGCGGAAGGUCUCGGUGUGGCCGGUGGCCUUCGUGGGCGGGCUGCGCUACGAGUCGCCCAAGGUCAACGCGGCGGGGAAGGUGUACGGCUGGAAGACGGUCUUCGACCCGCACCGGCCCUUCGCCAUCGACAUGGCCGGCUUCGCCAUCAACCUGCGGCUCAUCCUCUUCAAACCGCAGGCCUACUUCAAGCUGCGGGGGGUGAAGGGGGGCUACCAGGAGAGCAGCCUGCUCCGAGACCUGGUCACCCUCCAGGACCUGGAGCCCAAGGCCGCCAAUUGCACUAAGAUUCUCGUUUGGCACACCAGGACAGAAAAGCCUGUGCUUGUCAAUGAGGGCAAAAAGGGAUUCACAGACCCCAAUGUGGAAAUCUGACAUCCACCACUGGUUAUCUGGCUUUGCUAAAGCUCUUUACAAACCAGAGGGAGCUUGUCUCAAACCCCACCUCAAAAACACACAAGGACUUCGGACUUCGGACACCGGACGUAUCCCGCUGUCUUUGGACUAAGCUAAAACUAACAACAAUACAGAUGUACAGCGUUGUAUUAAAGCACAGAGUAGACGGCAAUAUUUAUCAGGUCUAAUAAACAACAAACAAAGCAAGCAAGCAAGCAAGCAAGCAAACAAGCAAACAAAUACCAAGAUUCUAGACACUUCACGGGGGACAUGGAGAAAGGGGACCUUUGAGUUUUCUGGCACAUCAAUGGAUAUCUCCGUCCCUCAAUGGAUAUCUCCGAGCCUCAAUGGAUAUCUCCACCCCCAAUGGAUAUCUCAGACCUCUGGGAGACAGCACAACAAUAUAUGAACACAGCAAGGAACUGAGAUGUACCAUAAGAUGGAACUCUGACCUCUGAACUUUGAACUUUGAACUCUGAAGGCCUGCGUACAGGUUAUGCCAUCAAGAGGGAAAUUUGGUCUCACUUGGUCAACUGGUCGCAAGGGAUACUGUGACAAAGACAGGGUCUACAGAAAGACACAAACGUAAUACGUAAUAAACUUUUGACGCUGAAAGUUAAACGAAGAAAGGAAUAAGAAGGCUUAAAUGAACAUUAUUGACAACAAAAGCUUGGAUCACCGCAAUGACUGAUUUGAGGUGGACAGAGAUGGGAGAGAGUUCUAGAACAAAUCCUCUGAGAUUCUUUUCAUCCUUAAAAAAACUAGCAACACUUAGAAGGGAAGGAGAUUUUUUUUGUUUUUGUUUUGGUACAUAACUAUGUCUGCUUUUAAUUGAAUGUUUUGUUGUUUACAAUCAUUGUCUUGCUCUUUCGGAACUACUGAUAUUUGCAUCCAUCUCAAAACCCCCAUUCCCUAAUGCAUUUUCAGGGUCCUUAAAUGCCCAGGAAAGUACUGACAGAAAGUUCACACUCUCUCGUACGAAGUGAUAGAUCCCUGCAAUGACACUUUGGAAGAGGUGAACCUAACAUUCUCCAGCAGCACUUAAAAAUGUUACUCACUGUGUUCCUAUGUUGGAACCCCUGUACAUAUGAACUUUAAAAAAAGGAACAAUCAUAGGCUUCAAUAUGAAGUAAACUUUACAGAGCGAGCAAUGUAACUACUGUAUUUAUGUAACUGGUAGAAGAGCAGAGAAAUAACUAUGAAAACACCUUGAAACAUCUAAGAAGUAUCUCCCAUAACACCUUGCACACAAUACUGUACAUGACCAGCAAAAACUCACCUAGCACAGGGAAUCAGCAAGGACCAGGAUUUUCAUGCAGCCAUAUCGACCCUUUGAGUAGCAUCGAUCAAAGGUCAAAGGUCAUUGUAGGCAUCAGGCACAUAGCGCACCGCAAAAACAUCAUAUCACUGCACUUUGGCCCACGCAGCUGUAGAGGAAUGGCCAUCUUGUCUAGAGUUAACAUGUAAAUGUAUUCAUUAAAAAAACAGUACAGUACACAUUAUUGACACAGUCCAGUUACACGUUGUGCCUACACUGGUUGUCUGACUCAUGGCUUUGGUAUGUCCAGAGAUUCUUUAAGUAUAUAGAGAUAUGCCAAUGUAAUAGGUUGCUAUGGGCACCUAAUAUGACCAGGUUCCGGUCUGCCUAAAGGGGCGUGUCAUAAUACUCCUUGUAUUGAAUAGAACAGUCUUUAGGUCUGCCUAAAGGGGGAUUUCCCCCCCUCCCCCUUGCAAUUGUAGAACCCGGAAACAAUGGGCCACCGGAACCUCUCUCUUAUCUACUCUCUCUGGUAUGGCUGCUCCAGCCAUUGUGAAGUCUUGCCCUGUCGCAUGAGCAGCAGGAGCAUACUGUACUCAUCAAGACUCACUUCUCUUGUGCAUUCUUGUUUGUUAGAUAGGUCAUAUGUACUGCAAGGGCCUCCACACAUUGGCUCCAACAGCAUUGUGGAGCACUUUCUCUUUCCCGACACAAUUCUGAGCCCCAAACCCAAUUUCACAUGAACAUAGCAUGGAAAGUCAAUGGGCGGCUCCCACAAAAUAGAACUCGCCUCUAAUCGCUUGCCGACAUCCGUGAAUGUCCGCGGACAUCGGCGCCGGUGUGCGGCGUUGUAUUGACAACAAUGGACUCGAACUUUGGCGGAGCAGUGCUCCGCACUUUGUCGGAGCCGAUGUGCGCAGGUCCUUAGCCACAAGCUUAGCUUCCUUAUGUUUACUCACGACCAUAGAUCUCAAUAGCAUUGUGCACUUCGCCAAGAUGCUUCAAGAAACACACCAACAUAACAGUGAUGGCCUGGGAUUAAAAACAGACAGUGCUAACACGAGUUCUUUUGCCUUUUUUGCCUAUUUUCAGCCUAUUUCCAUUGGGCACCGUGAUCUUUUCCAGGUGCCAUUCUCUUAUACAUCUAUGGAUCAUACCAGCUUCAAAAGACUCUACACUGAUGUGUUCAUAUCUUAAAAGGUCAAUUAAUUGUCCAGGCUAAAAGGGUUGUUGAAACAAAUGACUGAAAAAGACCAAGUUUUUGUACGCAGCAGGGGUAUCCGAGAAUUUCUCAUAGAAAACCCUUUUGGUUAGAAAGCAACGUAAAGGUGUUGCUUGUGGAAUAAUGUUCUUAUCAUGUCAUGGCUGUUUGUUUUCUUUUUGCAAUGAUAUGACAAAAUGUAAACACAUACUUACUAUUUUGCUACACAUGCAGUCAUAGAAAGUUCACAACGUUCUACACUAUGUGAUGUUGCAUCACUAGACCAUUGACAUCUAUAGUGCAGCACCAUCUACCUGUUUGAAUUCCUCCUAAGCCAUGGCUGUGAUCAACUGGAGUCGUGUGGAGAAAAUGAGAGUGUCCCAAGUGACUGCCGGGGGUCAUGUUGGGACCACUGAACAGAGUCCCCUUCUCUCUCUCUCUCUCUCUCUCUCUCUCUCUCUCU